UCCGCGGGCCAAACGGAUAUUCCGAGGACCCGAGACCGUUUACCCACCAAUAAAGAAUACGACCCCACCCUGCAGAGUUGGAUCUUAUUCCUCAGAUUGUGUUUUCUCCACCUUCACCUUGAACUCUCUCUUCUCUCUCUUCUCUCUCACGCACAGGCAAAAACAAUGGCGGGAAAAGGAGGGAAGGGGCUUCUUGCAGCGAAAACCACGGCAGCCAACAAGGACAAAGACAAAGACAAGAAACGACCUAUUUCUCGCUCAUCUCGUGCAGGAAUCCAGUUUCCUGUGGGUCGUAUCCAUAGACAGCUGAAACAAAGGGUCCAGGCCAAUGGACGUGUUGGGGCCACUGCUGCAGUAUACUUGGCCUCAAUUCUUGAGUAUCUGACUGCUGAGGUUCUUGAACUGGCUGGGAAUGCAAGUAAGGAUCUCAAGGUGAAGAGGAUAACACCAAGGCAUUUGCAGCUGGCUAUCAGGGGAGAUGAGGAGCUGGAUACCCUUAUCAAAGGGACCAUUGCUGGUGGUGGUGUCAUUCCUCACAUUCACAAGUCCUUGAUCAACAAAACCGUAAAGGACUAAGCCUUGUGGAUCCUCCUUGCAUGUUACCCUGUACUGAAACUAGGAUGUGUUUAUUGUGAAUUCAUCACAUUAGGCUAGUAUUAUUUCUUGAAUAGUUUUAGAACUGAGGUGGUAGUGUGUAAAUGUUUUGCUAGACAAUGCUUUCUUCAACUGUUUUAGCUGGUCUGUGUUAGUGCUUUAACCAUGGUGGAUCGCUGGACAAUUUGCUUUUAGAUACAAUCUGUGAUUUGAUGUC